CGUGAGCCAGAGGAAGGCAGAGGGACCGCGGAGCACACAGCACGCCCGUGCCGAGCCAGCGAGCGAGCGAGCGCCCGUGGAGCCCGCGUGGAGGGAGCCGCCGCAGAUUGACCUGCAAGAUGAACACCCUGCUGUCCCGGGCCAACUCGCUGUUCGCCUUCACGCUGAGCGUCAUGGCGGCGCUCACCUUGGGCUGCAUCCUCACCACCGCCUUCAAAGACAGGAGCGCGCCCGUGCGCCUGCAAGUCUCCAGGAUCCUGCUCAAGAAAGUGGAAGACUUCACUGGACCCAGAAAAAAGAGCGACCUGGGCUUCAUCACCUUCCACAUCUCUGCGGACCUGGAGAAGACUUUCGACUGGAACGUCAAGCAGCUCUUCCUUUAUCUGUCGGCAGAAUAUUCCACCAAAAGCAACGCUGUGAACCAGGUGGUCCUCUGGGACAAGAUCCUUCUGCGAGGCGAGAACCCCAAGCUCAACCUGAAAGACGUCAAAAGCAAGUAUUUUUUCUUUGACGAUGGACAUGGUCUCAAGGGAAACAGGAACGUCACUUUGACUCUCUCCUGGCAAGUUAUACCGAUUGCUGGGAUCCUGCCUCUUGUGACUGGAUCUGGACGCGUGUCUGUCCCAUUUCCAGAUUCCUAUGAAAUAGCCACGACUUUUUGAAGAAUUCUCUCUGCAUCGGAAAGGGGACAUCUGUGUACCUAAAGAAUCGUAGUUUAAAACUGUCAAGAAUCUGAAGAAACUUGUGCUGUAACGAUGUGUUGCAUUAGUGCAUGUUUACACUGAAUGUGAUUUAGAAGCAGACGUUUGUUCAUCUCUUGUAAAGCAUGCUUGAUUCCUGGAGGGAAAAAACAGUUAAUAUGAUCAUUUUUUAGAUGCCAUAAGUGGUGGAAAUAAGGUGGCUAGCAAGUUUUCCUGAAGAGUGAAUACAUAUUUAUUCUGUAAAUCACCGUAACGCAGUUAAUGGCUGAAUGUUUGAGAAAUAUGGAUCUUUCCAGGUUCUCCCUGCAAACGUUUUUGUGUUUUACAUUUUUUUGAAAAAAAUAAUGUUUAAACAUUGUCAGUGAAAGUUGAAAACAUUUGCAUGAUUUCCCCAUUGAGUGAAGCUUGUUUCAGUCUGUAUGCUUACUACCACUAGAUGCUAAUUAUGUACAAUUCUCUGCAAGUCUCUAUUUUAAUAGGUAUUGGAGUAAUAUUAACACUCAUAGUUUAAUUUUUCAUUUACAAACUCUCUUAUAUGUUAUUGUAUUCUAUUGCUGACAAUCUCAGGUUGUGUAUAAUAGAAACAUGGGCUCUUUAUGGAUGAAGACUCUGAAACCGUGAAGCUUGGGGAAUCAUUCCAAGCUUAAAUAGCUAGCAAAAAAAAUGGAGCCAAAUUUUUGAUCUUGGAUAUUCUCAUUUCCUAAGUUUAUUCCAACUCUCAUACCUGAGAUGACAUCAUAGUACAAUUUCAUUUGUAACUUACAUUGUAUUUUUGUAGCCCUGAAACCCUUUGUCUUGAUGUUUCUGAUCUUCUGUAAAAGUAGCUUAUGUUCAAGUUGUAAAAAAAAAAAAGUCUAUAGAAAUAUAUCUCCUUUC